GCUGAAAUUACUCUGAAACACGUGCGUAUCUACCGUUGCACGAGCAUGCUCUUACUGCCUCGCUGUACGAAGAAAAACCUCCCGCCAUUUAGCUUCAUUGCGGAAUCCCAUCUCCGGUCCUGCACAGUUAUCUGGCAGUGGCUGCGUCUUCUCUCUCACUUAACGGCCGUGGAUUUUAUCAACGUCGAUCAAAGCUCUAGAAUUUCACCAUUGAUCCAUGGCUCCAGCGCAGUUUUCCUCUCCUCAGAGGAAUCAUGCCUACAUUUCCUCUCGUGCUGCAAAUCUAUCCCGUUCUCCAAUAAAGCUUUUUGUGCUCAUUCCGCCAUCAUCAAGCUAGGUUUUGACAGCCAUCUUCUCAUCUGUAAUAACCUUCUAUCUCUCUACUCAAAACAUGGUCAUGCAGACAUUGCCCGCAAUCUGUUCGGGGAAAUGCCUUAUAGGGACAUUGUCUCCUGGACGGCAGUCAUAUCAGCUUUCGUUCAGAAUGGCAAUGACGAGGAAGCACUGUAUCUUUACCAGCAAAUGCUGUUUGCUGAUUUAGUCCCCAACCAUUUCACGUUAUCCACCGUCAUGCGAUGUGCAGCUUCUGUUAGGGAUUUCGAUCUAGGAACUAGCCAUCAUGCCCUAAUUCUUAAACGUGGAUUCGGGUCAAAUUUUGUUCUUGAGAGCGGUCUUCUUGAUUUCUACUCCAAGUGUGGUAUGUUUGACGAAGCUCUCGUGGUAUUUCAACUUAUGAAUGAUAGAGAUACCGUCUCGUGGACGGCAAUGAUUAGUGUACUGGUGCAGGCUGAAGAUUGGAAGAAGGCUCUUUGUCUCUACAUCUCCAUGCUCAAAGAUGGUGUCUUUCCCAAUGAGUUCACUUUCACCAUGCUCCUUACAGCUUGUUGCAAACUCGAGUCUCACCUUGGCAAACUAAUCCAUGCUCACAUGAUCCUUCUCGGCAUCCAGCUCAACCUAGCAGUGAAAACUGCACUUGUCAACAUGUAUUGUAAAUGCAAGAACAUGACCAGUGCCAUGAACUCCCUUCACCUGACCUCCGACUCCGAUGUAAUGCUGUGGACUACAAUUAUUUCAGGUUAUGCUCAAGCAGGGGAUUAUAAGGAGGCUGUGUCAUCCUUCCGAAAGAUGCAGACUGCAGCAUAUUUUCCUCCCAACUCAUUUACCUACACCACUCUCCUUAAUGCAUCUUCCUUAUCUGCAUUGCCUGAGCUGGGAAAAGUGUUCCAUUGUGUAGUUGUUAAGGUCGGGCUUGAGCAUGAUGUUUCGGUUGGCAAUGCCAUUGUUGAUCUUUAUUCAAAAUGUUCUCCUCAGGUAGAAGAUGCGGUGAGGGCAUUCGAGGAGAUCUCAUCUCCAAACGUUGUGUCCUGGACGGCUCAUAUUUCUGGGCUUGUUCGACAAGGAGAAGAUAGCGCUGCAAUGGUGGUACUUGCAGAGAUGCAAGUGGCUGGGGUGAAGCCUAACUCCUUCACCUUGUCCACUAUCCUCACAGAUUUGAGCUCAAGAGAGGGUGCAGCUCAUGCACAGAAGCUCCAUGCUAUUGUGCUAAAGACUAACUUGAGCACUUGGGAUAUCACUGUUGGUAACUCCCUUGUUGAUGCCUAUGCUAAUCUGGGCUGGAUGAUUGAUGCCAGGAAAGUAUUUGAUGAUGUGCAGAAUAGGGAUGUCUACACCUACACAAGUCUGGCCAAAGGUUUUAAUCAGGCAGGGCUACACGGGCUAGUUCUCUCACUGAUUGGCCCCAUGAGAGCCGAGCUCACGCGCAUUGAUAGCUUCAGCCUAGCUUCUUUUCUCUCCGCUGCUGCAGGUCUAGCUACAGCUAAGUGUGGCACACAGCUGCACUGUUUUUCCCUCAAAUCUGGUCUCAAGGCAUCUAUCUCAGUCAUGAAUGGACUUGUGGACAUGUAUGGCAAGUGUGGUUGCAUCGCUGAGGCCCGUGCCAUUUUUGCUUCAAUUCAGCAACCAAACGUCGUGUCAUGGAAUGGCUUGAUCUCAGGGCUAGCUUCCAAUGGUUUUUUUGCUGAAGCUUUGUCAACAUUUGAAGACAUGAGGAUAGCUGGAGUCCUUCCAGAUUCUAUCACCUUUUUGGUUGCCCUUUAUGCCUGUAGCCAUGGUGGGCUUGUAGAUCUCGGAAUGGACUACUUCAGCUCAAUGAAAGAACAGUUUGAAUUGGUUCCAGAUAAGGAUCAUUAUGUUUGUUUUGUAGAUAUGCUUGGAAGAGCAGGGAGGCUGGAGGCGGCGAUGGAAGCAAUAGAGACCAUGCCACAUCAACCUGGGGCUUUGAUAUACAAGACUCUGCUGGGAUGCUGCAAGCUCCAUGGGAAUGUUGCAAUGGGGGAGUGGGCAGCGAGCAGAGCAAUGGAGCUGGACCCUUCAGAUUCUGCAGUUUACGUGCUGCUUGCUGGCAUGUAUGAUGAUGCUGGGAGGGUGGAGCUUGGAGAGGAGAUAAGGAAGCUGAUGAGGGUUAGAGGAGCGACUAAGUCUCCUGGCAGAAGCUGGAUGUAGGAUAGUUCUACGUUUCAAAGAAUUUAGAGUUCUCCUGUUUUAUUUCAGUACUCCUUGCUGGCGGUGGAGUUCAAGGUCUUGUUAACGAUAGUGACUUUCAAGAUAUGGCAACAGACCUUAUUAAAGGAACCUCUAAUUACUUCAGAGGAGUGAUGCUUAUUCUCAGCUAUAUAAUUGUAGCAGCCAGCUUUAAUGAGCACGUUGAUUCUA